AUCGCGGCAUCACCUGCAAGUUAGUUGGGAGAUUCAAAUCUGAGCUGAGUAACGCCAUCGCAUUCACUCCAGGAGAACAUCGCCUGCAAAUCUCUAUUUCCGGCAAGCGGCUUGAAUCGCAUCUACUUUUGGUUGAUUAUACUUCAGAUUCGGUGAUUACUUUGGUGUAUCGUCUUCGUCUAUUUCUGAAUGGGACCAGGAGGGAAACGUACGGUUGAGUAUCCCAGUCGAAGUCUAACACCCAGAGCUGGACAAAAACAUGCAUAUGAGUAUGCUAAUUCAUAUGCUAGGUAGUACAAGAGAAACAAGACAGGACAUAAUUCUAGGAAAGUUAACUCUCAACCUCAAGCUGCCGAAUUGAAUGUGACUCCAACAGUGGAGGUUCCACUUACUGAUGGACCUCUUGGAGAUGAUGAAUAUGAGCAACAUUUGGAGGAAACACUUUCUGCCUCUAAAAUUGGUCUUACAGGUUUUGCUUAAAUGUAUAGAUCAAAAUCGAAAGAAGAAGAAGGUUAGAGGUAUAACAAGAGGCUUGGAAACGGUGAAACUGGCUGCUGCCAUGGGGAAAGAAAAAUUUCCAAUUACAAUUGAUGUCUCACAAGGUCGACCAGUUAAUGGUGUCCAAUCUGCCAAACUUUCAAGUGAGUUUGGUUUGAUAAGUCGAGAAUACAUGGAUGAGAUCCCUAUCCGCAGGACUAAGGAUUUCAAGAAGAACCAUCUGCGUCCAGAUUAUGACAGACUAAAUAUGCAUCUGCAAGUUGAAGAUAUCAGCGAAGAGGCUGUCCAAGAUUCUAUCGAUGGGUUAUUGCAAAUCCAACUCAAGCAGCAACGUUCCAAGCUGAAAAAGAUAUUCCUUGAGUGCAGGGAUGCAGUGGAAGCUAGAACAAUGAAGCCUCCUGGAAUAAGCCAAAAGAACUGGGACGAUUUGAUUGACUAUUGGCUCAGUGACAAAGCUAAGCGUGUUGCUGUUGCCAACACACAGAACCGACAGCGUGUAAAGGCCUCCCAUCGCCAAGGACGUAAAUCUUUUGUUGUCUUAAGAAAUGAAACUAAGGAAGCGAAUAAUGGAGAAGAAUGUGAUCGAAUCAGCCUAUAUAAAAUGACAUACUAUUAUGAUACAGAAGGAUGGCGAAAUGAGUGUGUAGAGGCUAACUAUAACCGUAUGCAAGAACUCUUAACUGAAGGGAACAUGACCAUGGAUGAAAUAUGUGAUACAGUUCUUGGAGUUAAACCAGGCUAUGUUAGUGGCCUCGGUCAUGGUCCAAAGCCAGUGACUACUUCUUCAAAUAAAAAGAUAAGAUCUUUGGAAGAAGCCUUGAAGCAAAACGAAGCUGAGAAGAAUGGCUGGAAAUCCGAAUGCCAAAAUUUGAGGGCUGAAGUGGGUACUUUAAGAGAAGAAGUAUCUGAGAUAGGAGGAUUAAAAGAAGAAAUUGCAAGGCUUAAAGGGUUGUUGUCCCAAAUUCUGCAAAAGUUUUGAUGUUGUUUACAUAGUCAACUAGUACUGUUAAUGUUGUUUGGGAUGAUGUUAUGCUCUUUACAUAGUCAGCUGGUACUGUUAAUGUUGUUUGGGAUGAUGUGAUGCUCUUUACAUAGUCAACCGGUACUCUAUCAUUCAGACAUUGAAGAGAUUGGUAUUUUGAGAGUAUUAUUUGUUAUGUGGUUAAUUAGGA